UGUUUCGUUUCAAAUGUUCAUGACACAGGUGUGAUAGUGCCCUCCUCGCUACCAGUUGACUGCACCGAUGGUUACUAUUUCAACGAUGGCCACGCAGUUCCUCGGUGUGACCCCAUAAGUGAUGCUGGAGCAGAUUUCUGCAGCGACCUUUGCAAUCCCUGUGUAUACCAGUGUGAUACAGCCGGCCAAGUCACGCCCAACCCCACGGACUGCAACACCUAUUACGUGUGUCUUGCGGGCGGCCUCGUCUUGGAACAACAGUGUCCUGGCAACGCUCCGUUCUUUGAUUUCAACACAGGAGAAUGUACGGCGGAUGACACCUUGUGUUACAAUUACUGCGAUCUCUGCGUGCCUCACUGUACUGAGCAAAACGAGAAAGUCCCAGACCCUCUUGAUUGUCACAAUUUCUAUGUGUGUAAUCCCCCAAACAUCGCCAGCUUCACCUGCCCACACACAGAGAUCUUCAGCAGGGUCACACUAGAAUGUGAAACAGAUGCUGAUUGUAUCAUUGACUGUUAAGAGUUGGAAAAGGUGACACUUUUGUCCAGGAAGAGUGUCACCUGAAGCAAGACUUAGUCCUAAGACUCAGCAAAGUGAAGCGACAACAACAAUAACCACAGCCUUACGAAACUUAUGGACACGAAACUUACUGUAGUAAAAAAAUUUAACCCAAAUACCUAUUUAAUAUUAUGUAUGCGUAAUUGCAGUGAUAUCCAGAACAGAACAGUGAUAUAAAAUAAAUCACUGUUAAUAUGAUUUAAAUUUGAAAACUGACUUAAUUUAUAUAUUUUGAACGGUAUUUUCAACAAGCUACCAAUUUUCCAUCUAAAUGAUACCUGCACAUUACGUACAAGAUACAUCUACAAGAUACAAUUAUCUACAAGAUACAAAGUUAUUGUCUAUAUGAUAAUUAUUAUUUUCUACACGUUUCCUGUUAAUUAUCAACAGGUUAUUUUGAUUGUCAAUGUAGACGGAGUUGCUAUUAAUGGCUUACAGAGAAUUGUUGUGUUCAUUCUGUACAAUUUGCUCUACUGUUAUGGUAUCAUCCGUGUAUGACCAGCACAUUUAAUCUAAUCUAAAUACAAAAUAAAAAUCUGGCAAUAUCAA